UGUAGAAAGUAACUAUUUGACACUUAAUAAGGACCCUAAUUUGAGGUCGAAACGUAGUGUCAGCAAUAUUGUUCCACCAGUUCUGGUCGUCAAUAAAGAACAAUUUUAUAAUCAUAUAAUAUUGAACAGACACAUAAUAUGUAAUAAUUUAUUAAUAUUAGCAGAUGUGCAUGCUCAAUUCGCACUAAAUAUUUCCUUUAUGCACGUGAUUGUAUAACAUAUGUCGUAUAUUGAAUAUUAAAUGUUUUAACAUUCUAACAAUCUUAUGUUCCGUAUAAAUAUUGAUAAUUUUAAAUAAUAAUUUAAAUGUUAAAUAAUAUCGAGAAUUUAUUUUAUUAGACUUACUCAACGCUACAUCAAUUUUCAUUGCGACACAUAUAAUAUGUAGAAUGUAGGAUAAUUUAUUCAAAUAAUUCGUAACAAUCGUAAAAAGCAAACCUUCUGAUUAAACUUCAUUUAAAUUUCAUAGUAAUAAUAAUUUCUAUAACAUAAAUUAGCAUAAUAAUACAAAUGCUACGGAUGUUUAUGUUAUUUCGAAUUAUAAGAUAAUCGAAAUUUAUCAGAUGAAUAAAAUAUAUCAUUCUUUAAAAACACCAGAAAACAUAUUUUCAGUGUCAGAUAUUAAUCGAUAGUAAUACAAAAUUAAGAUAAUAACAACCACGGCGAUUAGGACGGCUAUUAUUUGACAAUUGCAUGAAGCUAUUCGUUGGUCACGAGAAAGCUUUUAUUAUCUUUAGGGAACUGCAUUGACUCGCUAAUGACUUUACGAUAGUGAUCACAGUAAAUUACAUAAUAUUGGAAUAGUAUCUGAACCAAUACGGCUAUUAUUUAGCGUGUGAGAUAGAAAAUCAUAUUUAAAAGGAUCGCGCGCUCUAUCUCUCUAACGCGAUUUAAUAUAUAUAUAAAUAUUUAUUAUAUACACAUACACAUAUGUAUAUUUCAACUUAGGUAAUACUAGGUAAUAAUACAGGGAGAAGCAAAAAUCCUCGCGUUCUUUCUCUUCACCGGUUCAAAAUUAUCAAAAUCCCUACUUGUUUACAUUUCAGAGUUAUAUCAGAGUUUAUUGACCAUAAUUGUUACACAUGUGUUAAAAUUUCCUCGUCAAAUACAUCUACCACGUAAUUAGACAUGCACAAGCGAUCGGAUUAUAGUUGAUGAUAUCAUCAAAAAUUUGAUGAUAUUUGUUAUUUAUGCGCGAUUUCGUUAAAAUAGACUUGAUAAAUAUAACGUUGACAUCGUAAAACACUAAUUAACAUUGCCAUCUUUUCUAAUCUUUUCUUACAUAAUCUUAAACUUUCCAUACUAUUCUCAAUUAGCAUAAUGUAUGCAUUAGUAUAAAUUAAGUAUGAACUUAAAUAAAACUAAUUCUAAUUUAUUGCUUUUAUUGUAGUUAUAUACAAUGAAGAGGAAAUUUCACGACUAUAUACCGGAGUGCCCGCAGGAUCUUCAAAUACGCAAUCUGGAUUUACUUUCGAAUAAAGCGACAGAGCCAACGCAUGAGCAUAUCACACCAAAUGCAUUAGAUCUAUCAUGCAAAAAGCGCACGUCAUCACCAACCAACAUAAAAAAUUCAACGGACACAUAUUCAUCGCUGACAUUGACCACAAGCGAUCGAUAUGAACAACCAACUAUUUCGACUACAGAGAGACAUAGUCCCUACGCCACCGUUUUGAUGUCGCCGUAUUCGGAGACGAACUCGCCAAAAAGGAGGAAGUUGAAUGAGCCAACAGCAACAAUGAACAGCGAUUUUACCAACAAUUCAUCAAAUCAAAUGGAUGUAUCAGCCGCAGUGUCGCUCAUGUAUCACCCACCAUAUUUCCUACAGAGUAGUGAAGCUAUCGGCGGUUUUUCAAGAGAAAUGUUGACAAGCUCAUCUUUGCCUAUGUCAUUUGCGCAAGUACCGCAGUCCGUGCCGAUCAGCGAAGCUACCAGAAUGAUUCCACAGACAUUUUCACCGAUACCGACGCUGCAGCCUGCAGUUCCGUUGCCUCGGGAGACAAAUCUGUCAGUAGCACAAACAGAAAUGACCAAGAAAGUUACCAGACCUUUCAAGGCCUACGGAAAGGAUUCUAUAUACUUUAACAAGGAAGACAACGCGAAGUUUCAGAGAUUUCGGCAUCAGAUGAAGCAAUCAUUUGAAAAGAUGAACGAAAAUCCAAAUCCUAAAAUGCGCAGAGCGAAUAAAAGCCCUGCGUUGCCCAAUAGUACCGUUGAGGAGAAAGAUGCUGCUUACUGGGAAAGAAGAAAAAAAAAUAAUGCAGCAGCAAAGCGUUCUAGAGAUGCUCGACGACAGAAAGAAGAUGAGCUUGCUAUCAAGGCGGUUUUCUUCGAACGAGAGAACCAAAGACUCAAAAACGAAAUACAGUUUCUUCGGAGUAUAUGCCUAUAUAACAAAAUAAAUAUUGACUCGCUACGUACACAAUUGCCGUAUAACGUAGAAUAUGAACAACGGAAAUAGUAAUAUAUCGUAAUCGCUUAACAUGACGUCACAUUUUUUGAUUAGGGUAUAUAUAAAAUAUAUAUAAUUGUUGUUUAUUUACCAGUCAUCCAGUUAUCAGUUUAAGCUGUUGUUUUUUUAUAUAACUUUAUGAAUAUUCACAAUUGUCAAGAACAGAUUUUUCUUUAGAGUAGAAUUUAAAUUUAAGAGUUUAAAUUUAAGAAUUUAAAUGUACGUAAAAUAUUUCGUUUGCAACAUA